AUGGAACAAAUUCAGACAGAGAUAGCAGAGAUCAGGGCUCAGAUGGGGGCUAAUAUAAGUCAAUUUAGGGAAGCUAUUCAAGCCAUCACCCAUGGACAAGAAGAGCUAAGGCAGCCUGUUCAGAGGCCAGAUGUUACUGUUGAUCUAAGCGACGUUCAUCGAAAAGGUGUCAAUCUUAGCCAAGAGGUUCCUUUGAAUCAGAAUGUCAGAAACACUAUUCAAAUUCCUGUCAACAAUGUUAUGCAACUUGAGAAUCUUUCUGUUUCAUCUUAUGAUACCUUUAAGUUCCCGAUGGAUGAAGAUGAGGGUAAGUUUCGUCUUUUGGAUGAGAGAUUGAAAGCUAUUGAGGGUCGUGAUUCCCUUGGUUUAGAUGCUGCUAGUUUAUGCCUAGUGCCUGGUAUCAAGAUUCCUCUUAAGUUCAAAGUCCCCAACUUUGAGAAGUACAAGGAUAGUCUUAGUGGGGCGUCUCUUGAAUGGUAUACCCAGCUUGAAAGGACCAACAUCCGAACUUGGAAAGAUCUAGCCAAAGCCUUUUUCAAGCAUUACAAGUAUAACAGUGAUAUGGCUCCUACCAGAAUUCAACUUCAGGGUUUGACCCAGAAAAUUGAUGAGCCUUUUAGACAGUAUGCACAAAGAUGGAGAGAGCUAGCUGCCAGAGUUCAACCCCCCCUUUUGGAACGAGAACUUGUUGACAUGUUCAUGGGCACUUUGCAAGACCCCUAUCUGAAUCGGAUGGUUGGAUGUACCGCUUCUGAAUUCUCAGCCUUGGUUGUCGCAGGAGAAAGAAUUGAGCACGGUCUUAAGACUGGUAAAAUUCAAGAUGUUGCUACUACUUUUGAAUUCUCAGAGCAGGAUGAUGAAGAAACAAGUACAGUUUUUGAAGUUGAAGAGGAAGGUCAUGCUUAUUCUCCAUUUCAUAUCCCGUGUUAUCAGAUGACAGAAGUUACUAAUAAUCAGGAUGCUCCACAAAUAUGUGCUGCAACUAUUAGUCAUCCACCAGUUCAGUUUGUUCAACAAAAGCCUGUUCCAUAUGAUCAAUCAGUUCAGUAUGCUCCUCAGCAGCACAACUAUCAACAUGAUUAUCGUCAACGGGGUAGGCAAAGGUACAGGAAGCCAAAGAGAGUGUUUGGCGUGAUUCCUAUGCCUUAUAGUCAAUUGUUCUCUCAGUUGCUCGAGCUUUCUUUAAUGGAAACCAAGCAGUUGGAUCCUGUUAUUCCGCCUUAUCCUGUGAAAUUUGAUCCCAAUGUCAGAUGUGGUUACCAUGCUAGGGCACCUGGUCAUUCAAUUGAAGACUGUAAGCCAUUCAGAGACAAGGUACAAGACCUGCUUGAUUCGAAGGCGAUUGUUUUCACACCAAGCGGCAGAAUUGAAGUUUCCUUGCUCAACUGA